AUGACCAAGGCAUUGCUCAAGGGCAAGUUUAAAAUUUGUAGAAACCUGGUUGGCUUGAAGAAGGGGAACCAGCUGAACGGUAUCAAACCGGCCGAACUAGGCCGUCUUCAAAAGCUUGUGAAUUUACAGUUCAACAGCAAUAAUCUAACAGGCAAAAUCCCACCAUCACUGUUCAAUAUUUCUUCUCUUAUAAAUUUCCAGGUCACAAACAACCAGUUGAUGGGUAGUCUCCCAUCGGAUCUGUUCUUUAAAUUGCCGGAUCUAAUUAUUAUCUAUGUAGCCAUGAAUCAGCUGACAAGGCUUAUACCAUGUUCUCUAUCCAAUGCCUCAACGAUUGAAGAAGCUGAUUUCUCUCGAAACAGCUUCAGCGGACGGAUUCCAAUUCUGGGCAAUUUACCAAGAAUCCUUGUAUUGAAUUUUGAGUUCAAUCAUCUGGUUAGCGACGGACCGGACGGGUUGGAUUUUAUCACCUCUCUGUCGAACUCCCGCCGUCUGAAAACCUUUUCAGUUGGCACAAAUCGGCUGACGAGUCGCCUUCCAUCCUCAAUCACAAACCUUUCCAGAACGCUUUUAGAGCUAGAGAUGGAAUAUAAUCAGAUAGAAGGAACCUUGCCCGAUGAAAUUGGAAACCUAGUUAACCUGACCAUGUUAUCAGUUAGGUACAAUUCACUAUCGGGAAGGAUCCCAUUGACUAGUGACAACCAUGUAACAGGAUCUAUUCCUGAAACUCUUGCAAAUUGCCGCCAUCUUCGGUCUCUGGACCUCUUUGCAAAUGGUCUUGAAGGAACAAUACCAAAAGAGAUCUUCAGCAUCCCCAGCCUCACACUGAUCUUCAAUCUAUCACACAAUUCUCUAAGUGGGCCGCUCCCUGCUGAGAUUGGAAAACUACAGAUGGAGAUUGCCAGAGUGUUGAAUUUGGAAAUAGCUGGAAAUUCAUUCCAAGGUCUGAUUGCGGAUGAAGUCAGUAACUUGAGAGGUAUAGAGAUCAUUGAUCUCUCAUCAAACAAUCUAUCUGGCUCGAUCCCAACUUCUCUAGAGUCUUUCAAGUUCUUACAUACCUUGAAUCUCUCUGUGAACAAUAUCCAGGGUGAGGUGCUGAAAGAAGGGAUCUUUACGAACUCGACAGCCAUCUCUCUUGACAGGAAUUCAAACCUAUGUGGGGCGAGAGUGACUUUGGGGCUACCCAAUUGCACUGGGACUAGAAACAAAUGGUCUAGAUUGAAAGCGAAGCUCAUGAUCAUAGGAGUCGUGGCUAGCGUCUCCACGUCCUGCUUCCUCUGCAUUGUCUUCUUUGUGUUGUUUUCAAGGAAGAGGAAAUCAGUGAAAACUCCAACAGCUGAUGUGAUUCCAUUUCAUGGCCCCCACACAAUGUACACAUACUAUGAUCUGAGAGUUGUGAUGGACAAUUUCAGUGUGAAGAACUUGAUUGGAGAAGGGAGUUUCAGGUCUGUUUACAGAGGAGUUCUGCGUGAUGGAACCAUGGCCGCGAUCAAGGUCUUCAAGAUGGACAGACGGGAUGCAUCCAAGAGCUUCAUUGCUGAGUGUGAGUCCAUGCAUAAUAUCCGGCAUCGGAACCUGGUCCGGAUCAUAAGCGCCUGCUCAAGUAGUGUGUUCAAGGCAUUCGUCUUGUCAUUCAUGCCGAAUGGGUGCUUGGACAGUUGGCUACAUGAGGUGGAUGAAGAUUUGAAGGGAAGAGAGUAG